AUGGAGACCACCUCUAGCCGACAGAGCGACUCCCGGCAUCGCGACCACGACCGAAAACGUCAUCGCGAACGCGAAGAUGAUGAUAGCGAACGACGUCAUAGACGGCGCGAGAACGAGGACCGUGAUCGGUCAGGAGACAGGAACAAGCCACAUCGUGAAGGUGAUUCUGAGGAUAGGCAUCAUAGGCGGCAUCACCAUCGCUCAUCAUCAUCGAGGCAUGAUAGGGACCGUGAUCAUGACCGCCAUAGACAUCAUAGCAGUAGCAAUAGAUCGCGGCACUCACAUCAUGAUGAAGAUAGUUCCCGAAGACGGGAAAAACGGAAGAGAGACGAUAAACCCGGCGAUAUACCUGAGGAAGAGAUAUUAGAAGGCGAAGGCUUAUGGGUAGAAAAGGAAGCCGGCGGCGAGGAACCUGUCGAGAAAGGUUUACCAACGCCGAAAUUAGACUCGCCGGCCUUAAAACGAGAUUCGUGGAUGGAAGAAUCUGGCAUAGACGUCGAAUACUUGCAGCGAGGAGCCAAGAAGCCAAAAGAUACCUCGACUACGGUGAAGCAAACAGUUAAAGACUACCAGCUAAAAGCCUCCUCCAAGGAAUUGAAUACAUUUCUUCGAGAAGGCAUUUCAAUGGACGAUUAUGAACCGCCCAAGCCAACCGGGCCCUCGUUUACAUUCGGUGAUGGUGGCUCCCAGUGGCGGAUGAGAAAGCUCAAAAAUGUCUAUGCGAGAGCAGAGGAGGAGAAACGCAGUGCCGACAGUGUCGGGGUCGAAGUCUUCGGAGAUCUCCAAAGCUUUGACGAGGUCCGAGAGGAAAGAAUUGAACUCGACCGACGGGAGACAUAUGGCAAGGACCGAAAAGAUUCUAAAGAGCAUCCCACUGGUGACCUGUACGCCCAGCGCAACUUGGGAAAGGCCAGGCUACGGAGUCCAUCGCCAAAACCACCGCAAGUUAUCAAAGCUUCAGAUCAACCAGUCCAAAAUAUCACUAAAAUCAUUGAUCAAUCGGCCCUAAACAAGCUGCGAGCCAGUUUGCUCAAGGCACAGCUACGGGGUGAUUCAAAAGCCGCGGAACUCGAGGCAAAAUAUAAUUCGGCCCUUGCCGCAUUUGCUAACCAAAAGCAGUCCGAUGUGGUAGUAUUGUCUGCAAUGGACUCCCGGCUACUUGCCGGUGGAGGCAAGAGCAGUGAAGCCAAGGAAAUCACUAGUGGUAGGAGAAAGGGUAAGAUGGAGGCGAAUGAGGAUAUAACCUUGGACGAUAUGGUAAGGGAGGAAAAGAGAACGAGAGGGCACACAAACGAGGGUCGUAUCGCUGCCGAAAGGAUAGCGAAAGAUGUUAAAUUUGAUGACGAUCUUGAGUACAUGGAUGAGAAUGCGAACAAGCUCGCAAGCCGGAUCCAGAAAAGCGAGAUUGAUAUCAAGAAUAUGGCUAUCAACGAUUUCAAACGCCAGCAGCGUAUUCUAGACAACUGCCCAUUAUGCUCACAAGAGAACAGACAGCCGAUCGCGCCAGUUAUAUCUCUCGGUACGCGGGUGUUCUUAACACUACCAACUGAGCCAGAGCUGUCCCCGGGAGGUGCAACAAUAGUCCCAAUCCAGCACCGUACGAAUACUCUAGAAUGCGACGAUGAUGAGUGGGAAGAGAUCCGGAACUUCAUGAAAUGUCUUAUUAGGAUGUACCAUGAUCAAGGACAAGAUGUCAUAUUCUACGAAAAUGCAGCAUCCCCACACCGUAAACGACAUGCUGCGAUUGAAGUUAUCCCCCUUCCACUCGAACAAGGCGAACUGGCCCCAGCGUUUUUUAAAGAAGCGUUUCUGUCCAGUGAUGAAGAGUGGUCCCAGCAUAAAAAAGUCAUUGAUACUGCAUCCUUAUCCCGAAAAGGUUUAGGAAAGCAAGCGUUCCGAAGAUCCAUGGUGAAAGAAGCGCCAUAUUUUCACGUAUGGUUUGAAAUUGAUGGAGGCAUGGGGCAUAUCGUGGAAAACGAGAACAAGUGGCCAAAGGGUGAUCUAUUCGCCCGAGAAAUCAUCGGGGGGAUGCUGGAUUGCGAGCCCGAUGUCAUCAAAAGGCAGGGGAGAUGGAGUAGAGGCAAAGACCGAAGGGAAGACGAAUUCCGAAAACUUUGGAAACAGUUCGACUGGACGAGAGUUUUGUUGGACAGUUAG